AUGUCCACCUUCCAAAUCCACUACUUCUCCUCCGCCUCCGCCUACACCCACAAACAAACCGAAUCCCUCCCCGCCCCGCUCCCCCUCUCCGCCCUCUUCGACACCCUCGACGCGCGCUACCCGGGCAUCCGCGCCAGAAUCCUCGCCAGCUGCGGCGUGAGUCUGGGCGAUGAAUACGUGGACGUUGAGGCCGAUGCGGAGCGCGUGAUUGAGGCUGGGGAUGAGGUCGCGAUUAUUCCGCCUGUUAGUUCGGGGUGA